UCGUCGCCAUAUUGGUAUUGUCAAAAAGUUCGGAACAUUCAAGUGCCGAUGAAAAAAUGAUUUUUCAUGAAAUAACAUCAGAAAUUAAGCUGUUCGAGUGAUCGGAUACGAUUAAUAGUGACUUUAGAUGUUUCGUUUGUCGAAUUCGUUGUGUUAUUCGGUUUGCAAAUGAUGUUUUCAAUGGAGAAAUGUACGGAUCACAGUGGCAGAAAGAGUUCAGAGGAAACCGAGAUGUAUGCCGGUGGUGGCGAAGGAUUGGGGAAGGAGGGUGUGCCUUCGGACGAGGUGGCUUCUGCCGUGGCCGCCGUGUCGGAUGAAAUCGGGGAUAUCUUGAAGGAUGAGCUGGGAGACGCUGAUCGUGCGGAUCGAAUCGGUGCCGAAUUGGCAGACCUGAGCGCGGAGCUUGGUCUUCUCGCAGGCCUGGCAGACGGGGACCAGCAGCAGGACUUCCCGUCCCUGUUCGAAAUAGCUGUGAACAUGGGCCAGCGGGGCUCCGGCAGCGGUUCGUCGUCCUCCUCUUGGUCGGCGGGCGCCAGACGACGCGAGCGGACCCAGAGGGCUCCCCGCCGGCGACCCAUCUCUAGAAAGGAGUUGUGCCGCCGACGCAGCGCACUGGCGCGGCGCGCGGUGCUGCGCCUGCGCCGCGUGGAGGUCGUGUCGGACGCGUCUGACGUCGGCGCCGACUCGGACUCCGACGACCAGUGGACCGAGCUGGAUGACUCGGGAUCUUCCGACAGCUCGUCCGUGAAGGAAGCGGCCGAGCGUCAGAUGGACUGCAACGGGUACCAGGACAAGGCUCCGGGCAUCGCGGAGCCUCCGAACAUGGGCCAGUUCCUGCUGCCGCUGCUGAGCGCUGAUCCCGCUGAACACCCGCCCAUCCGUCACGAGGACAUACUUCAGCUACUCGCAACCGCUGAGAAGAUAGAUCGCGACCACGAACAGCUGGACGGUGACAGUGCUGAUUUAAACGAGCCUGAUGAUGCCGUGGAGCCCGAGUGUGAAGAUGCUCCGGUCACCCCCGACGAGGAAGCGGCACUGUUGCAUUAUGUCUGCGAAAUGGAACGUUCCUCCGGCGUUACAAACGUCCAGUUCACGGCCAUAGAGGAGUGGCUGAUGGGCGUUUACCACUCGUGGUGCGAGAUCUCCGCGCUCAUGUACACGCUGGGCUGCGUGUGCGACGCCGACGCGGAGGCGGCGCGCUCGGAGUGGGGCUACCGCGUGCAGUUCGGCUGCCACUGCCGCGUGUGCCUGGCGCUCGCCGACAACGGCCGAGCGCUCGCCGCGCUGCUCGACGGCGUCGUGUGGGCGCUGGCGUGCGGACAAGGCGGGUCGUCAGUCACCACAGCAGUCGGUAUAGUUCGAGCUUUGCGUCUCCGCGCAGACGCGGGCGCAUCACCACAACGCUGGGAUCUGCCGCGGCUCAGGAGGAUCGUGGUGCCUGAUCACGACCUGGAGAUAAUACACCAACAAUUGUGUCUGCUGUCGCAACAGAACGAGAUCAGCGCUCAGAUCGUGAACGACACGUGCGAAUGUAGAAAGUUCCAGAUGCCGAUGCAGAAAGAAUACGCUUUUGAGAGGUUUUGCACCAUUUUGGAGAACUACAAGGCCGCCUCUGCAAUGACUUUCAAGGUGGAGCUGCUGGACCCGUCCGGAGAGCCGCCGGCGUGGGCGGCGCGCGCGCUGCGGCUGGUGGCGCGCGCGGCGGCGCCCGGCCGGCGCUGCUCCACCGCCGCGCGCCUCGCGCUCAUGGGCCGCCGCACCGCCGCGCACCAGGCCACGCUUCUCGCGUGGUCUGGCUACAAUCAUCGGUGCGAUUGUCUCACGCCUCGGACGCUGUGCGCUCAGCAGAGGAAUCAAUUGCUAAGGCUUUUCUGUUCCCGGAUAUCAUACUUCGGGAUAAUUCAGGCCGUCAGCGAGUACACUGACGCUCAGCAGGAGGUGAAUAAUUCUAACAAGCCUCCGAAUGACGCCCAAAUGGAAGCCGAGACCGAUGAGUUGCAACAAGGCGACGGCACGGGUGCUAAACCUCCAGACAGCGGCGAGCGACCAGCGUCUCUAGGCCUCCUGGACCAGGCUGAUCAGGAGCUGAGCGAUUCCAACUUGACCGGUGACCUCGAUGAUUUCUCAGAUUCGGACGACAACUCUGGCAGCGGCUCCCUCGGCCUGUCCAACUCGUCGUCGCUGGACUCCGCGUCGGAGCUGCUGCUGGCCGCCGCCGCCGCCGUCGACGGGGAGGGGGGCGGCGGAGGGGGGGGAAGGGAGAGGGAGCUGUGCCGCACGGUCAGGCAUCUGUGCAGGUCUAUAGCUUCUAUAGAAAGGCUGAUGGACCAAGUGUUGAAACACUGUGACGACUGGCCCGCGGCCGGGGACAAGAGUGAUGACGAGGCCAGGAAACGGGUGGACAUGGGCCUGUCGGAGGUGGACCGGAAGCUGAUGGCGAUGUACCGCCGCCUGCCGGAAGUACACCGGCGGCAGCUUCAAGUCUACAGGAAACAGAAGCGGUUGUCUACUGUGUGCAUGCAGCUGGUGGGGGGCACGGCGCCCGCGCCGCCGCCGCCCGGCUCGCCGCCCGCCGCGCGCCACCAGCCCUGCCCCGCGCUCUGCGUGGAGUACCACCUGCAGCGGUUCACCGAGGUCCGUCGUAAAGUGAUGCAUAUGAGGGAUCAACAACUCUACUACCAUAGACUAAGGAUGUGGCUGGAGGACCAACUGCGACAGGAGAGGGAGAACCUCACAGAGGGCAACACUACGUUAAUAGAUGACGUGUCGCGACGCAAACGUCGAACCGACAGCCCUAAGGUGCCGCGUCUGACCACCGCGUCCAAGCGGAAACUAAAACCCUCGUCCCCACUGUCGAAACCGCACAAAAUACUGCAAAUGCUGAAACAAAAAGCGCCCGCUCAAAGUGAUUUCAUUGACGAGUUGAAAAACGAUGAAAAUAAAGAAGUAGACCCGCCCGAAGCGUUCCCCUUGGAGAGAGAAGACAAUGUUAGUGAUACAGAAACGAUUGUAGGCGAGAAGGAUCAAGAAAUGUGCAAAGACAUGAAGGAGUGUCUAGCCAAAUUUGCCAAUUUCGCACUGAAUACCGAAGAGAACGCUACAGAGAAUAAAUACCCAGAGUCUGUCAGUCCGCCGCUUCAAGAAAUGUCUCCGACCACGUCCGAACCACUGCCUGUUUAUACACCUAAACCUAGUCAGCGACUAUUGACCGUCAAUAAGUUCUUGAACAGGAGCGAUUUUAAAUCGGAUAAAGUUAUCGAUUUUCAAUCGCAAGCCGCGCCCGAUAUUCAUAUCCCAAUGGACGCUAAACGAACACCGGUGUUAGUUAAAGAAGAGAGUGAUACUAAAAUAGCGGAACCAGAAGUGCAAGCUAAAGAUCCUAAUAUAUACAAAUAUGUGACGUUCGGUCUCGAAAUCAAAAAAGCUAUGGAGGAGUGUCAGAAUAUAAUUAACUCUUAUAACCACAUCAGCAAAGACGGUCAAGAAAAAGACGAAGGCGCUUUGUCACUAGAACAGAUAUGCGAAGUGAUUUUGGACAAGAACUCCGCCGAAUUCCUAGAUUCAGAUGAACCCAUAGAUAUAAACGUUGCUAAUACGAAAUUAGCCGAAUUCGUUGAAAAUAUGCCGCAUAUAUUGGCCAAUAUGCCGGAGAUUGCCACGAAACUGACUGAAUACGCGAAUGCGUCGUUCGAACUGCCAGAAUUUGCGUCCAUCAUGAAUUCAUUGCCAGAUGUGAACAGCGAAGCACAAUUGACACCAGAGACGCUGAAACAAAUAAGGGAAUUGAAACUGCACAAGAAUAGAGAUAGUAUUAAAGUAACCAAGAACACAGCUAAAAGAAAAAGCAAUAGAAAGGUUAAAAAUGAUGACGUUUUAGGUCCGUUCGAAAUAGAUUCUCAAGAUAUAUCCGAAUUACUGAAAGACGAGAAGGAAUUGCAGAAUAUGAUGAAGAAAUCUAAUAAUAAGGAAGACUUUAACGAUUUAUUGUUCUCUAUAAGUGCUCAAGUGGUGAUAAAUAAGGUAUUUGAAUAUUUGAAGCAGAAUAAAAGUCCCGUUUUGGCGAAAUGUCUGCAAGAAGACGGCGAUAUAUUCGCACUGCCCAAAAAUAGUAUUAAUUCGGAAAUGUACUCGAAAGCUUCUACAUUAUUCGACAAUUCCGUUAAAGACGCGCUGAGUAUGGACCAGCUGAGGGACUUAGUUAGGUCCAGGUUCGAUUCCUGGAAGCAUUACGUAGCAUCUAAGUUUAAAAGCAUACCAAUCGAAUUAUUAGAGAGUGAAAUCGAAGCGAUGUUGGAUAAGUUCUACAGUUAUAUACAAGAUUUAGCCGGGAAGCAAUCUACCAAUGAGAGUGACAAAAUCAUAGAGAAAAUAGACGAACUGAGGAACAAUAAGGAUUUGAAAGAUUCAGAUAGUGAUACGAAAGAUAAUGUCGCUAAGCUAUUAAGUUCCACACCCGGUAAUACAUUCGACGUGUUGUUAAUGAAGUUAUCGAAAAUGUCUCAAGAUAAGAAGUCGUCUGUUAAAAAUCUCAAAUUUAAAUACAUAGAUGUGAUCAAAAGGUGUUCGGAGUCCCCACAGUUGGCCGGUUGGAUACUACUAGAUCCCGAGAUAGCGUCCAAUGUUAUAGCCGAGCUAACUGGACUACCAAUGUUUAAGACUGACAACGUAGGUCACAAAGUGCCAGAUUUUACAACACUGUCCAAUGACAAGAAGAAGGACUACUUCAUUAGUAGAUUAAGACAAAUGAAUAGAUUGUACAUGCAAACUUUGCCCAAGAAAGCGCUUACAGGUGACGAGUGGCUUGUGAUACUGUAUAGACUUGAACAAUUAGAGGAGAAACUUAAAGAUGCCUUCACAAAAGUCACUCCGCCUGUGAAGAAUCAAAACGCAAGUGAAGGCGAAAUUCUAGCAGCGAAAGGGCUUAGCAAAAUCAUAGGUAAAGCUAACGCUAGGGUUGUCAAGAAGCCGGAACCGAAACCGGUUAAAAAGGACGAGAAUUAUACAGAUAUAGCUCAGGAACAGGACAAGAAAUCCAAAAACGACGCCCUGUUGGCGAAAUGCGAAGCGAUAUUGACAUCGAAAGGAGAGAAAUCGUUAUUAGACAGCUUUUACACGAUCAAAUCUUACAUAACUCAAGGAUUACCAGUACCUGAGACUUACAAGAAGCAUGUCAUAUCUAUAUGCUCGAGCAUCGACGCUAAGCUCUUAGACGAAGACAUAGAGACGUCCAUUAAAGUUGAGAAGGAGGACGAGGUGCAAAACAAAGAGAAAUUAUCGGUUAUUGGAUCGCAGAAUCCCGAACUAUUGGCCAAAUAUUCCGCUCAAGCGCUGCGUAACGCCAAGCAGACAUUGAACGCGGUCGCAUUCAAAAACAUGGCGAAGAACGGACAGUCGAAGUCGGAAAGCGACGCUUGCGACACGCCCAAGACGGACUGCAAAUGGACGAAUGACUGCGUGUGCAUUUCGUGUAAGAGUUUCAUGAAAGGUUAUCUUCAUAUGGAGGGGUAUUUGAAGGAUAAGGAGGGGAAGACGAAGCCGGCUGUCAAACCGGCGAAGCCGCCGCCGAAGCCGUGCGAGAACGCUUCGCAUCAACAGCAUGUUUGUAAAGUGGGCCACGGCAACACCACGGGCGGGUGCGCCUCAGAGGGAUCUGCCGAUUCGCCGUGCACGUGUUGUUAUUGCACCGUUUUCGGACAUGCGCCACCCCUAACGACGCCCGUGCCUCGCAAUUUCAACGAGACUCGGGAGAGACUACGGUCGAUACUGAACAAGAAGAAACAACAGUGCAAGACUACUAAUGGCGAGCCGGAACAAGAGAAGAAGCAAGCCAGCGUGCAGACGCUUCCUGAUGCGCCGAAGCAGAAGCAGCCGCCGCAGCUGUCGCCGAAGCCGCCUGCACUGCCAAAAACAUUGCCGCCUAAUCUGCCGCCUGUUCAGCAACAAAAGCGGCAGACCAUAGAUUUGCAGCAGAAACAGCUCGCCGACAAAAUGUCGAAAAUGACCGUCACCGACAAGGCUAAGACGUUACAAAGCACGGCGCCCAUACAAAUCAGCGUGCCGCCAGCGAAGCCCGAGCUCAAACCCAAUAACAGCGCUGAGCAAAUGCGAUUGCAACAGUUGCAACAACAAAAAGCGCAACAACAACAACAACUGCAACAGCAACAACAGCAGCAGCAGCAACAACAACAAGCGGCACAACAACACCCGCAACAAGUCGCGCAGCAAGUUGCACAACAACAGAAGAAACCCGAGCCGAUAUACGACCUGCCGGUACACAACAAACCUACUCUUACGCCGCAACAACAACAACAGAUCAGACAACAACAGUUACUACAACAACAGCAGCUGCAACAACAAGCGCAACAACAAGCUCAAGCCGCUGCCCAACAACAAGCUCAACAACGACAGAGUCGACAACAACAACAACAACAACAGAUGUCUGUCUCUAGUCGCGAGUCUAGUGUGUAUUCCACGUCUUCUGGAUGUUCUGGCGGUUCGUGCUGGCGCGGCGGAAGACCGACUGAUCCGAGGGAUCUGGACGCGCUGUUGCAAUACAUUGAGGGUCCGGCGAGACACGUGGACAGAGGGAAGAAGAAGGCUAAGAAGCAGAGACAACGCGCUAAGAGAAUGGAAAUGCGCCUUCUAGAAGAACGCGAGAACAUAAUGGCCGAACUGCACUUGGCGAAGCUGUCGGCGGCCGCUUUGAAAAGCGUCGCGGCGGAUUGGAAGCGGAGACUGGAAGACGCCAGGCAGCAACAGCAGCAGCAGAAGAAGAAGAAAGGAAAGAAAAAUAAGACGAACCCCACCCAACAAGCUAUGAUGCAAGCCGCCGCCGAGCAACUAGGGGAGUUGACUAACGUGGUGAAUUGUACGGCUAAGGAGGCGAAAGCGGCUGAACAAAAUGUGAUCGAAUGUACUCGACGGCUACAACAGUGCGAGAGGCAAUUGGCCGAAGCUCAAGCCAUGCAGCAGGAGCCGCGCGAGAAACAACAGGCAGAGCAAGCCGCGUUGGCAGCUAAACAACAACAUCAACAACAAUUGCAACAGCAGCAAUUACAACAACAACAACAACAACAACAACAACAUAUACAACAACAGCAGUUGCAACAACAACAACGCAGGCAGAUGCAGCAGUUGUUGGAACAGCAUCAACGAGACAAGCAAAAACAGGCAGCCGGCGUACAGAAUGCCGAGAACACCGGCGGCAUGGUGUGCGUCCGCCGCGGCGCUCAGGGGGUCACCGUGUGCGUGCCGCAGCCCAAUGUGGCUUCACGGAGACAUUUCACUGUGGUGACGCACGAAGAACUCCAACAUCAGAAACAACAGCAGUUGCACCACCAACAACAACAACAGCAGCUACAGCAACAACAACAACAGCAGUUGCAACAACAACAGGCCCAGAAGCAGGCGGCGGAGUCGCAACGCAAGCAAACCUGGGAGCAGGCGUUAGCUCACAUCAAUCAGUUGGCCAAAGGGAAUAAGGAAAAGAAGAAACAGAAAGAGAAAGAGCAACAGAAACCGGAGCCGAAACCGAAAGAGCAGAAGGGCGCGGCCGCGCCUGCGCCGGCGCAGGAACCGCAGCCGCUCUCCAAGAAGCAGAGGAAGUUGUUGGCCAAGCAGCAGGCGGAGGAAGAAGAGAGAAAGAGACAGGAAAUGGAAACGAGAAGCAACAAGAAGGAGACCAAAAAGGCGGAAGUCAAACCCGAACUUAACAGGAAACAGGACAAGAAGGAACCGAAGAAGGAGCCGACCAAAGAGGAGAAGAAGAAGAAUGGGAAAGAUGAGAAGAAGAAAGGGAAAGAGAACAAGGAGAAGCCUGCAACAACGCAAGUAGCCAAACAGAACACUCAACAACAACAACAACAACAACAGCCCCAACAACAACAACAACAACAGAACAACAAGAAAGAGAAGAAGAAGAAGGAGAAGCAACAGCCGCAAGUGAUCAAUAUAACGCCGGAGACAACCAUUGAAAUGAUGGAUAAGAAGAAUCAAUGCGCCAGCGAUCAUGAGAAACCUUCACCUUGUAGCAUCAUGGAGCAGCUCAGUUGCGGCGUUCAGGUAGCUGACUUGAGACUGCCUCCAGGCAUCACGCUGACCAGGGUUCAGCCUACUGAGAAGAAGGAGCCGCCCAACAUUAAAUCCGUGCCCCUAUGGAAAUGCAACCAGUUGCCGGCGACUCCGACUCCGGUGGCGAGGCCGGCGCCCAUCAUCAACGCGGACCCCGGCAUGAUGAUGUUCACCGCACAUCACCCAGAACCGCCGAAACCAAUAGUGGUACAGGAACCGGUCACCCAGCCGGCGGGCAAGUCCAAAAAGGCCAAGAAGAAGGCGAAAAAGGCAGCCGCGGCGGACGCCACGGAGACCAAACAGGACGCCAAGAUGGUCACCCUGAGGAACCCCAUGUUCCACCCCAACCUACCGCCGGUGCAAAUAUCAAACACACCACCCCAAAAGAAGUCCGAGAUACGAAUCCCGGAUCCGAUUCCAAUGCCGCCGAACGCGUGUCAAGCAACGAUUACGCCGACUUCGAACGGAAUGUACACAAUAAGGAACCCGUUGAUGUCCAUAAUGCACCAACAAUCAGUCAUGAGCAUGAGGAACCCACCCAACCCAGCGUUCACCCAGCCCCAAUUCAGUUACAACCAAUAUCCUGCGCCGGCGCCGUACGUAGAAACGCGAACGUCGCCCAAAACGGAAGAUUUCCAGAACCGUAUAAUGAAUCUCGCUUCGUUCACUCAAAAGAACGACGAGGGCUAUUCGCUGUUCAAAACGUCAGACGAUAACCAGCAGAGGAGCUUUCUCACUCAAGAGUAUUUCGAUAGGCAAAGCCCGAAGCCGGUUGUGUCACCGAAUCCGAUUGGAACGAAACCGGUGAACGAUAGAACGAAUGAUUCACUGUUCGCUAACCCGAUACAGAGGCCUGAACCCAUUGGUACACCGUUGAAGAAUGACAAUGAUUACACCGGUCUUUAUACACCGUUCGGUCAGGAGAACAGGAAUGUGUUCAGAAACGCACUGUUCAACGAUAGGAGUGAUGUUGGCGGAUGUGUUGGAAGGUUGGACGAUGUUGGGCCCAACCAUGUGGCCAACGGUGAUCCUUUGCCGUAUUUUCAAAGACUGAGAGUCGGUUCGAAGCUGAACAACGAAGUGACAAUACACCACGUGACCGAGUCAAAGUUCUAUAAAGGACAGGACACGUCAGAGUCGACGUACGGAGGGGCGUGGCCUGACGCUUUGUACGCCCAGCGGCCAUUAGAUACAGCUCCGCUGGCAGUCUCCGAGGACGAGGGCGGCUUCGGCGCCGUGGGCACCGGCGCGAGGCACCACGGUAAUUAUACCACCACAACCUCUGUACACUAUAUGUGAGUCAAUGCCGGAUACUAAGAAAAACUACUCCUGCUUGUGGUAUGCGAAAUCUAUAGAAACAUAGAAAACAUUUGACUUUAUAUAAAAUUAUGUUAUUCGAAAUAUAAAUGCAUAUAUUUGGUCACAGUUUUACUAACUAUGUAUUUAAUUGACAUUGUUAAUGUUUUUUAUAACUAGUGAUGUACAAGAUUGGCGUCCAAGAGACCUAAUGGCAUGAUCGUUGAGACAUUUUUUUAGUAUACAGAUUCUAUUUUAUAUCUACAGGGU